GUUGCCAGUUAGCGACUUCCGAUCUUCUAAGUUGCCAGUUAUCAAAAUAUUGCAUAUUUUCAAGACCACUAAAUGGAGAGAAGAAACCGUCAAAUCUUUCGUUGAUUUUUGAAGCAUUCAUUUCACGGCGCAGAGUCAAUGAAGAAACUGUAGAGGUCGUUGCAGGGAGGAUGGCGGAGGUCAUUUGGCGCCCCGUGAGCGUGGACGUGGGCUGGGGGACGCUGCGAGGCAAGACCUGCACGGUGGGCGGGGGCGACGCGCCCACGCUGAGGGUGGUGGCCGUGCACGGGUGGCUGGACAAUGCCAACUCGUUCGACACGCUGGUGCCCCUCCUGCCGGCGGGCGUGGAGGUGCUGGCCCUCGACCUCCCCGGGCACGGCCUGUCGGACCACCUGCCUCCGGGGGCUCACUAUAACCUCCUCGUCCACACCUUCAACCUCCGCACGGCCCUGCAGGAGCUGGGCUGGGGCAAGGCCGUGCUGAUGGCCCACAGCAUGGGCGCCGCAGUGGCCGUGCUGUUCGCCGCGCUCUUCCCCGGGGAAGUGCUGGCCCUCGUGCAGCUCGACUUCAUCCAGCGGAGCCGCGACGCCAGCAGGGUGACCUCGUGGCGCACCGACGCCGCCACUCUGUUCAGGAGCGAGGAGCCCAAGGACCCUCCGGCGGUGUACACGGAGCAGGAGGCCCUAGACCGCCUGGUCGCCUCGCGCAAGAGCCUGAACCGAAACCACGACAACAUAGACGCAGCCGACGCGAAGGUGCUCCUGCCGCGGGCCGCCGCGCGCCACGGCGACGGGUUCCUGUGGCGACACGACCCUCGCGUCCGCGCGACCUUCAACAGUCUGUUCGGCGGGCGCGCCUGGCUGGAGGUCGCGGCGGCCGUCCGGUGCCCCGUGCUCCUGGUGGUCGCAACGAAGGGCAUGUGCGUGCUGCCCAGGGCCGAGUACAAGGCCGUGCUGGACGCCUACCGCAAGCACACCGCCCGCCUCGACUACCGGCUGGUGGAGGGCGCCCACCACGUCCACCUCUCGCACCCCGAGCGCGUCGCCCCCGAAGUCGGCAGGUUCCUCCGCGCUGUGGCCCGGACAGGCACCAGCACCAGCAGCGAGCGCCAAGCUGUGAUUCGUAAAAAAAAAGUUACUUAUCUCUGUAAAGACACUCACAUACCAUUGAACUUCAAAACUCAUACGAACGUUAUUCUCAAAGAAAGAACUUCAAAGCAAAGAACUUCAAAACUCAUACAAACAAAACUAACCACAUUUUUGUUAUAAUUAUCGUAGUUCGGACAAGGAUCAUCGAAAUAAGUGUACUGGAAACAUACGCUAAAUGAAGAGAUUAUACAGGAUGACAAAAUCUAUGUAUUAGUAGUGUCCAAAUAAAUCGUAAGCGCGA